UAUAGUUGAUUACCAUAGGCAUUGACAAAAUAACAUGAUUUGAGUUUAAUAGGAAAAUAAGUUAAGUACCGAUACAAGUAAGGAAAAAAUUUAAUUAAAUAGAAUCAUUUUUUAUAUUGUUAAAUGUUAAUAUUGUGGUUUAAAUAAAAAAUUAAAAAACAAAUUUCUCUACAACCCCAAAGUCAAUUAACAGCAACUAUUGCAGUGGUUUAAUGUAGCCUGUAACUAUGGAAAAAAAUCCUAUUGAAAUAUUCUUAUGUGUAAUGUGUAGUUUUAGGACGCAAGAGUGUGCAUUUUCAUCCUAUAUAAUUGUUACACGGAUGCUCUUUGUAUUUCACAAAUUGAAAAUAUUGAAAUUUAUAGAUAUUUUCUUAACACAAUAUGAUGAUCAUUUUAAUAGUUCUAGUCUAUUUUUAAUGAUACAUUUUGAUUUUAAUUAUUUUUAGCUAUAUAUAUAUUUAUUAAUCAUUUAAAGUAUUAAUACUAACCGAAAAUUAAAAUGAUUUAUCUUAAAAACUAGGGUACUAAAAUGAUUACUUUAGUAAUUCAUUAAUUUUACUUAAAAUAUUUAUUCAAAAAACAAUUAUAUCUGUCAGCAGAGAAGAUGUAAAUAUACAUAAUUAGGGCAAUAAAAAUUGUAAAAUAAAAUAUACAUUAUAUUUACAAAAAUAUAAUAAUAAAAAAUUUUAAAACUUAUGUAAUUAUUUCUUAUAACUAGUUAUUAUUACAUUGAGUAUUACAUGCUAUAAUGAUAUGUUAUUUCAAAAUUUGAAAUAAUAACGACAGUGAUUGGAAAGAAGAAUAGAUUGACUAAAACUCCUUUGCACUCCAUACGUCUAUAGUUUAUACACGGCAACUCACGUUGUACUAAUGCAAAAUAAAAUAAUGUAUAGGUAAUUUAAUAGGUUGUCCCACUAAUAUACCUUACAUAUUUAUGAUAAUUCGACAAAUACCCAAUAAUUAUAGACGUUCAUAUAAGUACCACUUAAAAUUUAUAAGAUUCUCAUAUAUCUAAGUAUGUAAUUAAAUGUAUUAUAUCUGGAAUAUUCAAAGAUACGAAGAAAAACAAUUGUCGUAUUUAAUUGAGAAACCAAAUCGUAGACAUAUCUGACAACCAAUCAAUUUAAACUAAAGGAAAAAACAUGCAAAUAUAUAAAAAUUUCAACCAUAUACGUGACCAAAGAUUCUGGUAAAUUGUUCUUCAACAUUUUUUUUAUGAAUGAUAGAUAUAUUAUGCCAUACAAUAACUAUUAACUAAUAAAAGUCCACAUCAAAAUCUAUAUGCUUAAAAUUCACUCGAAUAUUCAAUUUAGGUAUAUUCAAAAUAAGUCAGAAGUCUAUUUUGAUCUAUUAGCUAAGUUGAUUUAAUUUCUGUCCACAAUUUGCAAAUUCGUCGAUAUUUCUACAGGUUUGAUAAUCAUUGGUUAAGUGCUUUUUAAUUAUUUUACAAUCCUAAUUGAUUGAAAAUUAAAUUCAAAGAUUUUUAACUAUAUUCAGUUAUAUGGUAUCCGUGCUCCAUCCAGAAAUUAGUACCUUUAAACCAAAUAAGUUUAAUGCCUGGACACACUGACCGUUUUUAUCGCAUUGGUCGGACUGAUCAGUGCUCGUUAGUCGUCAGUCGGGACCAAGUAAGAGACGUCGUAGGAAUGCAGACAAUAAAAUUAUACAAAGAAAAAUAUUUUACUAAAACCAUAAAAAAACAUUUCGAAACCAAUUCAAAUUAUUAAUUAGAUGUGAUGUGAUUGUUUAAUGUUUUGUUUAAAUUACUCGUAUUAAAAUAUAGGUAUUAAAUAAAAUUAUCUUUUAGUAUAGAAAACUGAUAAUAUUUAUCGGCAUUCACGAUGAACCAACGAUCCGCCAUUUCAAGAGAAAUGAAUUCAACUAAAAUCAAAGUCAAUAAUAUUGAAAUUAACUACUUUAAAGUCGGAAACGGCCAACAGAAACUGUUGAUAUUUCCAGGAGCACUAGGUCAAGUCGAUGAUUUUAAACCACUGACGGAAAACCUCGACCGAGAAAAAUAUACAAUAUACAUAUGGGAUCCACCCGGUUAUGGUUCGAGUCGACCACCGAACAGAGAUUUUUCACCAGGAUUUUUGUACCGUGACGCGGAUUGUGCCAUAGCGCUUAUGGAGGUGUUAGGCAUCAACAGGUAUUCAAUGUUGGGCUGGUGCAACGGUGGAUGCACCGCACUGAUCGCAGCAUCUAGGGCUGCUCACCGAGUGGACAAACUGGUGGUGUGGAGUUGCAACGCGUACGUCACUAGCAAAGAUCUCGAAUGCUAUGAGACGACGCGCAACGUCCACAGCUGGCCCGAUCAGUGGAGACUACCACAGUUUAAAAUGUAUGGUGAAAAGUACGUUUCGGAUAAGUGGUCCGAGUGGAUAGACGCAUCCCGAACGAUUCUCGACAAUGGUGGCGGCGACGUGUGUAUUGACGCGCUUGCACAGAUAGACGCACCCACGCUCAUCCUUCACGGAGCACAGGACGUGUUAGUAGCAGUCGAGCACGCCGUAUAUCUACACAAAAAUAUUAAGAAGUCGACACUUGAAAUAUUUCCAAAUGAAGCAUAUUAUACAUUUUAUGUACCCAGAAAAAUUCAAUUCGUUAGUGGAUAACUUUCUUACUACUAUACAUUAAUAAAUCGGUUACUACUUAUUAGUUAUAACUUAAUACUUUUAUCAUUAAUUUAGAUUAGGUAUAUUUAAUUAUUAUUUGUAUUAUUUUUACUACAUUUAAAUUUAAAUCUUAUUGAAAAAUAGAAUUUUAUUUUUAUUUGAAUUAAUAUAGUAAUUUAUUUUUUAAUUUAGACUUCACAAAAAAUUAAAGCAUUAUAUAAUAAAUGUUAAAAAUUGUAUAUUAAUAUAUUGUACAACAUUGUAUAGUAAUAAAAUAUAUAUUAAUUUUUUAUGAAUUUAA